AUGUACGAACCUGCAAUACUUAAAGAAUAUUUGAAUAAACUCCUUCCUUUAGUAUUGGGAGCUAAGGAAGUGGAUUUAAACUUUUCUUUGUGGUCUUUGUGGUCUGUUCAAGAAAAUACCGAGAAAUUGAGUCAGUUUGCUAACGAUCCUCUAGUUAACGUUUUAUAUAUAACAAAGUUAUUGAAUGACAGAAAAGAAGAUUAUCCAUUUUGGGUCUCAUACUCAUAUGAUAUUUCGCAAGAAAUUACAUAUAAUUCGAAUAUUGUCACAUCAAUAGUUAUUAUUAAGCAUUUUUCCAAAUUAGAUCCUGCUUAUCCUAUAGAAUCACAAAUUCAAUUUUUAAAUUUGCCUGGCCCAGCAACUAAUGAAUUGGGAUUUGCUAACGUGAGCCCAUAUAAAGCUUUUCACUCUUUUAUACAACAUGCUAUUACGCCAUACUUCGAUGCUUAUGUUAAUACUAAAGGCGUUUACUUUGAAGAUAUAUCUUUACCUCAUUUGCAAAAAUAUGGUGAAAUUCCUGAAAUAUCACUUAAUAUCCAUCCAGUCAUUCGAAAGGCCGUUGAAAAGAGUAAACAAAAAAACAAGAGGAUCAAUAUUGACUUUAUCGAUCAAUCAUUACUUUCUGAUACACAAUUUUUGAAUAGAAUUCAAAGUGAUGUAAACAGUUGGAUUAAAAAGAUUCAAAAAUUAACUGAAUUGCAACGUGAUCCUUUAAGCGACACUAGAGACACUGCUAUCAAAGAAAUAAAUUUCUGGUUAAGUAUGGAACCAAUACUUGAAGAGAUCGAUGAACAGCUUAAAAGUGAUCCAAUUGAAGCGCUUGCUCUUGCUGAAGCAAUCUCGCGUGAUUUUAAUGACGUAUUAUUAAAAGUCUUGGAUAGUCAUCGUUUGAUGUACAUGGAUUAUAAUGAAUUUGAAAAGGUUAUAGCAGGUGCUGAAGAUGUUUUUAUAACCUGGGAUGUGCUCAUAAGAGAAUUUACGACAGUAUCCCGUGAUGUUACACGUAAACGUUCUGAUAAAUUCAUCCCAAUUAAAAUAAACCCAGCACACAAUAUAUUGCAAGAACGUGUUGCAUUUGUUAGGAAUUUUAGAAAACGGCACGAACAACUUCAAACAAUUGUUACAAUCAUGUCCCAGCCAAAGGAUGCCUUAAAAACUGUUAUCAAAAGUGAAAAUAACAUAGUUCAACAAGAAGAAGGCGUUAUUAUAAAUGCUAUCAAGUCUAUGGAAGAAAUAAAAUCAGCAUAUGAAAGUUUUAAAGAUAUUGAUGUGUUAGAUGUUUCUAUUGAGGGCGGUAAAAUCUUGAUACAAGCAGAAAAUACAUAUAACGAACGUGCCUCAAGAGUAGAGAAUCAAAUUAUUGCAAAUCUACGAGAUCGCCUUGGCAUACGCAAAAAUGCAAAUGAAAUGUUUCGUGUAAUUUCCAUGUUCAGUGCUUUGAUUGUUAGACCUAAAAUUCAUGGUGUUAUUCAAGAAUAUCAAAAAGAACUUUUUGACACUGUCAAAAAAGAUAUAAAUAAGCUUAAAGAAAAGUUCAUUCAACAAUAUCGUAAAUCUGAAGCGAGUCACAUGUCUCAGCUCCGUGAUAUUCCCUCUAUUUCCGGCUUUAUUAUUUGGGCACGUCAAAUUGAGCGUCAAUUACAAAUUUACAUUAAACGUGUUGAGGAUGCUUUUGGCAAAGAUUGGGAAACAUUUGAAGAAGGUCAAAAAUUAAUAAUCGAAUGUAACGAUUUUAAAAAGAAAUUAGAUACUAGACCGAUUUUUGAAGCUUGGCAAACAGAAAUUUGUAAUCGCCGCGAUAUAAACUUUACGGGGAAAUUGUUUAAAAUUACUCGAAAUCGUGCUCAAGGAAAUAUUCUUAAACUAGAAGUAAACUUUGACCCACAAAUAAUUACUUUAUUUAAAGAAGUGCGUAAUUUAUUAUGGUUGGAUUGCCAAGUGCUACAUAAUAUCAACACUCUUGCAAAAGUCACUAAGCAUGUAUAUCCUUUCGCUGUAAGUCUUAUAGAGACAGUUAGAAUUUAUUCACAAACAGUACAAAAGGUUCAAAAACAUCCAGAAAUUAUUAUGUUGGUGGCAGCUUAUCGUAAUGAGGUACAAGCUAUGAUCGCUGAAGGUUUUACUUAUGAAUGGUGGAGAUUUGACAAUCCUGAGAAUAAACACGUUACUUUUAUACGAGAGUUUGCAAAUAUAGUAUCAAUAUUCCAAGAUAAAGUUGAUGCUUUGAUUACUAAUUAUGAAGAAAUUUCGCGCCUCAUUGAAAACUUAAAAAGUUGCGCCUAUCAGAUGAAAAAAUUUAAUACCAAUUUAGAAAAAAUUCAAAGAUUGGUGAGUGAAUUGGCCUAUUCUAACCUUGAUGCUUGGGUUGCUAAAUUGGAUAAACGAAUUGAAACUAUCUUAUUACAACGACUACAAUAUGCCAUAUCUUUGUGGACAACAGAGUUUAUGUCAUCUGGUGAAGUUUCUAGAACUUUUAGGAAUGAUUCUAUUGAUGGUGAUAGAUCAACUAUUACAAAAGCUGAAAAACCUGUACUUGAGCCAUCUGUUCACGAAGUACGUAUCCGUAAUCAAGUAAUAUAUCUGGAUCCACCAAUUGAGGACGCUAGAGCUAGAUGGUAUAAUCAAUUGCACAAAUGGCUUUCGGUGGUGUGUAACUUGCAAAGAAUUCAAGUUUCAUUUUAUGAAAUAUGUUUACAAGACAGAUGGCCCACUUCUCGAGAAACCACUUAUUCUAAUCUAUUGACGAAAAUUCUUGAUGGUUCACUGGAGAAAGCAUAUGAAGUAAUUGAAACAAAAUUGAAAGAAGUAUCAGAUUAUGUUAAUAACAAAUGGUACCAAUUUCAGCCAUUAUGGGAUCUUGAGCCUAAUAAUAUUUAUGAUCGACUUGGUGAUAACCUCAAAAUAUGGAAACAAAUUCUUUCAGAGAUAAAGAAACCACGCACUAUAUUUGAUAAUUCAGAUUUCGAAGGUUCAUUUGGUUUAAUUGUAGUUGAUUAUGAACAAGCACAAAGUAAAGUCAAUGCCAAAUAUAAUCAAUGGCAACGCGAUAUUUUUUAUAAAUUUGGCAGAAAGCUAGGUGAUUCCAUGCGAGAAUUUCAUUCUAGCAUUUCACAUUCAUGCAAGGAACUUGAAAAUAAAUCCAUGGAGAACAAUAGUCCGAGUGAAGCUGUUGCUUUGAUCAAUUUUAUAGAAGAUCUCAAAAGUAAAGUUUCUAAGUGGAGUCAGGAUAUUGAGAUAUUCCAGGAAGAUCAAAAAACAUUAGAACGUCAACAGUAUUAUUUUCCAAGUGACUGGCUGUCUAUUGAACAGCUUGAAGCUGAAUGGAGUGCUUUUAACGAAAUCUUAAACAUAAGGAACAACCAGAUAAAAGAACAAAUUGAUGAUUUAAGAUCAAAAAUUACUAUCGAAGACAAAUUUGUGGAGGACAAAAUUAAUGAAAUGGUUUCUGAAUGGGACGAAAAUAAACCAAUUCAAGGAGAACUUAAAUAUAACAUUGCAACAUAUGUUCUCUCAAAUUUCGAAGCCCGUAUCACUCGUAUUAAGGAGGAAUAUGACAUGGUUUGUCGUGCAAAAGAAGUACUUGACAUGGACUAUUACGCAGAGAGUCUCCUAGAUGAUAUUAUUGGGGAGCUUAAAGAUCUUAAAUACCUUUGGAGUUCACUUUCUCAAAUUUGGCAAUCAAUAAAUGAACUAAAUUAUUAUUAA